AUGAAUUCACGGCAGCCUCAUUUCAACAACUUUUAUGACGAUCGGGUGGGGGCUCAUCGCCACAUUCAGUCUCAGGAACGCAUCUUGAAUCGCUUCAACGAACCAGCCAUUAUUAUAACUGCGGUCGUGCUCUUAGUCGCAUGCGUGGCAAGGGCCUAUAACUUAGAACUGUCUUUUGAUGCUAUUCUGUACACUACAUCAACAUAUUUGUGGGACUUUGUCGUUUUCAUUGUACCAACUCAAUUAAUCGUUAUUCUCGACAACUGGCUUAACCCUGGUUCAAUGUCACAAUCGCCACCAAGCACGCAUGCCGCCAAAAGCGAGGUCAUGAGGAGGGUCAUGGGCCUGGACCGCUCAGGCGGCAUGAUGGAAUCUGUAUUUCAGGCGAGGAACAGGGCCUUGUCUGUCACAGGUAGUGUUCUGGGCUUGAAGUUGGAUCCUGAGCGACCGGCUGGUUUGGGCAACCGCGAUAAUUCUUGCUAUCAAAAUAGCAUCCUGCAAGGACUCGCAUCGCUUUCCUCAUUCCCCGAGUAUCUAUCGACGUGUGUACGCGCUAUUGACAUGCAACAACCGACCAACGACGUAGCUCAUACUCUGCGAUCCCUUAUUGCCGAUUUAAACGACACGUCAAACAAUGGAAGGACGAUAUGGACUCCCAGCUUACUAAAAUCUAUGAGCACCUGGACUCAACAAGAUGCUCAGGAGUACUUUUCGAAGAUUCUCGAUGAUAUUGACAGAAGCGUAGCCAGAGCCGUCAAAUCUAUGCGCCGAUAUUCAGGAUUGGAAGCGGACUGCAGCAAGGACGACUCUUCCACAAGCCAACACAGUGAUGACAGCGGAUACCAAAGCCUCGCUUCAAGUCUGGAGUUGGCGGCAAAGAAGAUAUUGCGAAAUCCACUGGAGGGACUAUUGGCGCAGCGUGUGGCCUGCGUUCAAUGCGGCUAUUCCGAGGGCUUGUCUAUGAUCCCAUUCAACUGCCUGACCCUCAGCCUGGGCCUGGAUAAAAAUGAACAUGAUCUCUAUGAGAGAUUGGAUUCAUAUAGCAAAGUCGAGGCAAUUGAGGGGGUGGAGUGCCCCAAGUGUACCCUCGUUAAAGCCCGGAGGCUUCUUGGCAAACUGCUUGGGAAGCUGAAAGAGAGUGGCUCGAGUCCGGAACAAAUGGAGGAGCCCCUUCGCAGACUCGAGGCGGUCGAGUUGGCUCUUGAGGAGGAUGAGUUUGACGAUGAGACGGUCAUGGAGAAGUGCAAAAUUUCGGCCCAAGGAAAAGUCAACACGACCAAGACGAAGCAAAUAGUCAUUGCCCGUCCGCCGCAAAGCCUAGCAAUCCAUGUCAACCGAUCUGUGUUCGAUCCACAAACGUUUGACAUGAUCAAAAACUCAGCGCCCGUUUCCUUUCCACUGACGUUGGAUUUAGGACCGUGGUGCUUGGGUAGUGCGGAAGAUGUCGAGGAAAAGCUGGCUAGUCAUGAAGGAUUCAGCGAAGAACAGUGGCUGCUAGGGCCCAAAUCAUCCAUGAUUGCUGGGGACCUGGGCACUUCCCGUUUGACCGGACCCAUAUACGAAUUACGUGCUGCUGUGACUCACUACGGACGUCAUGAGAACGGUCACUAUAUAUGUUAUAGAAAGUAUCCUGACUUGACGGCGCUCAAAGACCAAGACUCCCCCGCCUAUGGCGACACUAAUCAAGGCUGCGACGCGGGUCGUAAUGCGGAACGAAAGAAGUGCUCGCCACCACCCCACCGACACAAUUCCGGCUGGUGGCGGCUGAGCGAUCACAACGUGAGCAAAGUCGACGAAGAUGUGGUCAUGUCCCUGUCGCCAGGUGUCUUUAUGUUAUUUUACGAAUGCGUGGAUCCUAGUAUGAUUCUGCAAAGCGAAACGGACGACAUGGAAGACGCCCAGGAACUUCCCGAAACUGCAAACGAGGCGAACUUUGAGAAAGGCACAGAAGGCAUCACCAGCGCGCAAGUCCUUCCCGUUGAAGAGAGAGAUGCUUCAGAUCUGCCCUCUCUGUCAAGCUCAGCAAGCGACACAUCGUUGGCGGAGACUAUUGACACCAAUACGAACACGAUGGGAGGCGCCGGCGAGCGUGUCUUGUCGGACGCGUGA